AUGGCGGAUAGAGGAUGGUGGAUGCAUAGUGGAUGGAUGGUGGAUAGUGGAUGGAUGGUGGAUGGAUGGCGGAUGGAUAGUGGAUGGUGGACAGUGGAUAGGGAGGAUAGUGGAUAG